AUGUCUGACUCCACCGCCGUUGCGGCUUUGGCGCAAGGCCUUUCGGCCACCCGAACGACCAGUCUCGCCGACAACAUUCCCUUCUCCCAGGGCCCCGAUGAAGGUGAGGAGACCAUCGCAGUCUACAACACAGACACGAGUAUCUCGCGGCUUUACUACAUAUCAAAGUCAGUACUCAUUGCCGAGAGCGACUAUUUCAAGGCAAUGUUUCGUAAUCCUUGCAAGGAAACCAUGUCGAGCAAGGUCGAGCUGGAAGGCGACGGCGACACAAUGAAUCUGGUGCUCUACUACCUCCGUGGUCCUCGUGGUUCCAAGCUUCAGGAUCGCCUAGGGGCUUGGUGGGAUCGCGAACACUAUGGUUUCUUCGAGGUCGAGGACCCGUGGCAAAUCGGGGAUGAAGACAAUUGGGAUGACCAGAGGCAGGAUAUGCGACUGCUGAACGAACUGAUCGAUCUCUAUGUCAUUGCCGACAAAUACUUGAUGGACGGCCUUCGCAAGAUUUGCACCGAGGAGUUCUUCCCGAGAUUCCUAAUGAUCUUGUUGAAUACUCAUGGAGACAAGCGGGCCAGAGCACAAUACCACGAACAGGGCUUUUUGAAGAAGUUCUUUCGGGUCGUCUGCGAUCGUUUAGGCGACUUCCCAGAAGACCUCUUCGACUUGUAUAAGACGGUCUUGCUUCUGAACAUCCGCGCCGGACAAGACGCCGAGGCUAUGUUCGUGGCGGCCGCUGAGUACCCAGAGCUACGCCAAUACGUCGCGAAACUCGCCAGAGCCGCUAUGAAGGCCAUCGAGAGAGAGUUCUGGCGUAUUCAGAGCGAGCUGGAGUCGAACAUGCAGGAAUGCGAUAAUCUGCGGAUUGGUCUCUGGCUUCUCGAGGAUGAGGACGAUGCAAACAUCUGCGAAAAGUCGGAACCCUUCUCCUCAGGCGUGUUGAACCUUCGUCGGGCAAUUGAUCGUUGUGGCCUCCCUCCAAAGACUACAGAUGAUGGCAACGAGGAAUAG